GGUGUUUACCUUCAAUUUGCAUGCUCGUGAGCUGCGGAGUCAAAGCGUCAUCAACCGGCGACUACGCCGAAAGAAGAAGCGCCACACUGUCAGCGUUUCCAGCGCUGGGACAUUAAACCCGGAGUAGAGGGAAAUUAGGGGCGGAGCUUGGAAAUAACGUUAGUGCACCAUGAGUUUGUUUGGAGCAAGCUCGGGGUUUGGGACCGGAGGGACCGGCGUGUUUGGAAGCACCACAACAGACAGCCACAAUCCCAUGAAGGAUGUUGAAGUGACUUCACCUCCAGAUGACAGCAUCAGCUGCCUGGCUUUCAGCCCACCCACCAUGCCCGGAAACUUCCUCAUUGGAGGAUCCUGGGCUAAUGAUGUCCGGUGUUGGGAGGUGCAGGACAAUGGACAGACGGUUCCCAAAGCCCAACAGAUGCACACAGGUCCAGUGCUGGAUGCAUGCUGGAGUGAUGAUGGAAGCAAAGUCUUCACAGCUUCCUGUGACAAGACAGCCAAGAUGUGGGAUCUUAACAGCAAUCAAGCCAUCCAGAUUGCACAGCACGAUGGUCCAAUUAAGGCAAUCCACUGGAUAAAAGCCCCAAACUACAGCUGUGUCAUGACUGGCAGUUGGGAUAAAACACUCAAGUUCUGGGAUACUCGAUCUCCCAAUCCAAUGAUGUCACUGCAGAUGCCCGAGAGAUGCUACUGUGCAGAUGUUGUGUACCCCAUGGCAGUGGUUGCCACAGCUGAGAGAGGCCUGAUAGUUUACCAACUAGAGAACCAGCCCUCUGAGUUUCGCAGAAUAGACUCUCCUCUCAAACAUCAGCACCGUUGUGUGGCCAUAUUCAAGGACAAGCAGAACAAGCCUACAGGCUUUGCACUGGGAAGCAUUGAGGGCCGAGUGGCAAUUCACUAUAUCAAUCCUCCAAACCCAGCCAAAGAUAACUUCACUUUCAAGUGCCACAGAUCCAAUGGAACCAACACAACCACUCCACAGGACAUCUAUGCAGUGAAUGCCAUCGCCUUCCAUCCCGUCCACGGCACCCUGGCUACUGUGGGCUCAGAUGGACGCUUCAGCUUCUGGGACAAAGACGCCCGCACUAAGUUGAAGACCUCAGAGCAGCUCGACCAGCCCAUCACAGCUUGCUGCUUCAACCAUAAUGGCAACAUCUUUGCGUAUGCUUCCAGUUACGACUGGUCGAAGGGCCAUGAGUACUACAACCCCCAGAAAAAGAACUACAUCUUCCUGAGGAAUGCCGCUGAGGAGUUGAAGCCUCGGAACAAGAAAUGAUUCAUCGUGCCAAGUUACAUCUUUUGUGGAGAAAUACGGAAGACCUGCUGCUUUAGUGUGUGUGUAUACGCUCGAGAAAGACUCCUUCCUUUCGACAAACACCUGGACCAAUGCCGUUGGGCUGUGUACUGUGCAUGGACCAAUCAGAAGGGCCUACCCAGCCUGGCGUUGAUGACAGCUGCAUGACAGUUGGUCUUAGAGUUCAUCUUAGAGGAAGAGGGCUU